CCGAGCACGCAUGAGCGAGAACGAGGCGAGAACCGGGCGUGGCGGCUUCUCGGUUCUGUCGUUUCAUGCCUUGGUCGUGAUCAGCACAGCGACCGGGACCGCCUUCGAUCGCAUCCGCCAUGCCAUAUGCCUUCUCCUAUCUCGUCCCUGACCCCUCGCUGGCAACCCUCUUCCAAGACCGUCUCACAAAGGUCCUCAGCGCUCCGCUCGUUGGUCGCUUUCAGGUUCAAUGCCGGCUAUACCACUCUGUGCUUGCCAAGGGCUCGCCCGACAGCAGGGGACAGCACACUACGGCUUCCUCCCGUCCACCGGAAGAUGGCAGAGCCCUGCUAACGCCUCCAGCCGCACCCGUACCUAAGCCAGCACCGCUGGCAGCUUCUAUGAUGACACACUCGACUUCGACCGCAACAUUGCCAGAGUCGAGCUACUCGUCCGUUAUCCCCACACGACAACACACUCCUGGAGCUUUUGAGAAUGGGAUGCCUGAAGAUUCGACGAGUUUGUUGGCGCAGAUCCAUUCAUCGGCUCUGCAGCGAUCCCUGCAACGGAUGCCCUCGCCUGCUCCAGCUUCUGCGAGCCCAGCAGCAGGGUCGACCACGACGCCCAAGUCGUCCGAUCGUUCUGGGAGCCGGGUCAUGAUAUCUGUACACCACGCGAGAUUCCAGAACUCCCAUUUUUCGCUCGUCUAUCAGAAUCGAAGUUUGAUUUCCGCUGUCGAGGGUAGCUUUGAGCUUCAGCUGAUUUUGGGCAAGCUCAAGAACAUCUGGACGCUUCGCCAGAUGGCCAAGAUCGAGGGCCAAACAUACAAGACUGGAGAAUAUGUUGUGUCGAUCGGGGUUGUCGAGAUGGGGUCGUCGCCACACGCUGUUCUCAUCGAGAUCGAACACACAUCCGCAACAAACAAUGCCUGCCUUCCACAGAUCCAUGGGCUCCUGCAGAAGCUAUGCAGCGGGUCUCACAGUGUUUCGUUCGAGCGGCUGCCACACAAAAGCGACGGUCGCAGGUUCCUCCCAGCUAUUAACGCAAAGUGCGUGCCUGUGUACGAAGGGCCCGACCUGGAGCCAUAUCUCACAGCACAGCAGAGCUGGUUGGACGAGGCCCCGCUGGAUGAGUCCCAAGGUGAAAUCGAGCCACACGAAGGACGAUCGCAGGCAGCCGAGAAGCUGAAUCCCCUGCCUCGUGAUGGCAACACCUUGCGCGGGGUCUGGCAGCUGGUGGAUUUGCUGAGAAGCCAGUCUAUUCUGUAAGCCCGGCACGAAGGGAAUAUAGAGACCAAUGCAGAGUUCGGCUGGCAUGCCGUCAACAUCGAUCGGUCGACCGCACUUGACCUCAGUCGACUACACGAACCAUAUUUCCGCAGAGCAUCGCGUAGCGCAUUGCGCAGAGCCGACUACUAUGCCAGCUUGGUAGCCGCGGCACCUUGAUUUGCUGAGGUGAGCGCUCUCGAAGCCAUGUGCAGAUUAAACUUGCGAUACUUGUCGUAGAAGCUGGGGAGGAUUGAUACGCCGCAGACGCUCUUGAAUAUCGAUAUGAAGAUGACGUAGUCCGGCUUGGUCAAGUCGAUUCUAGUGGGCCCCGAGGCAGAGACAAGUCAUCAAGGACGAGGAGGGACGCCAUCGUCAGCAAGGCUCGAAGCCUAACUAACAGCAAUGAUGCACCAAGGCAGACUGGGCUUACUUGAAGUGCGUUGGGAUCAGCGC